AAUUUCCAGUACGCUCACUGUCCUUCUCGUUCCCUACAGACAACCCUCGGUCCCAUCUCGCACAAAUGGCUUCCGCUGACCUUGCCGCUACAUACGCCGCCCUCAUUCUUGCCGACGAUGGCAUAGAAAUUACCUCUGACAAAAUUGUCGCUUUGACAAACGCUGCCGGUGUUGAGCUCGAGCCAAUCUGGGCAACUCUGCUAGCAAAAGCUCUUGAGGGCAAGAACGUGAAAGACCUUCUAUCAAACGUUGGCUCCGGUGGAGGAGCACCUGCUGCUGGUGGUGCUCCCGCUACCGCUGCUGGUGGUGCCGCCGCCGCCGAGGCACCCAAAGAAGAGGAGAAGGAGGAAGAGAAGGAGGAGUCUGAUGAUGACAUGGGCUUCGGUCUCUUCGAUUAAUUUUUUGCUACGUUUUCCAUGCUCCAUGUCCUGCACUUUCU